UGGCCAAACACUUCCUUCACUUUAUAUGUGGUUUUGUUUCAGGCAGAAAAGUGCAGUGUGCGACAGGCUUUCAACGCCAGAUACUCGUGCCACUUUAGAGCACACAAUCCAGCAAGUUUUUUUGUGUCAGGUACAUCGGAAUAAGGGCGAAAAUGAAAUACGAAUUAUUAUUGAUCGUGCUUUGCAUGGCUGCAACAGCUCUCACCUCAGGUGAAUAUAGUUUAGCUUCUGACCCGAGCCAGACCACAACAACCAGCAAGCCGCCCACAACAACCAGCAAGCCGACCACAACAACCAGCAAGCCGACCACAACAACUCUUGGUCCAAAAACCACAACUCCAAUACCAUCUCCAACGCCACCCACCAAACUGGUGGUGGGCCAUUAUAAUUUUAGUUUAGAUGGCAAACUAUGUUCUAUGAUUGAUUUGGCAAUAGGGAUCCAUGUGAGGAAUGGCACGGUUAAUGACACAUUCAUUGUUCAGCCACACAAAACCGCAGUCACUGGAGAAUGUGGGGACAAAGCCUCUGUUAUCACUUUAAGUUUCACUGAAGGCCAGUUUAUCCUGAAAUUUAGACAUAAUGAGACGAUAAAAAAGGUCUAUGUGGAGCUUGUGGAGUACGACUUGACCUAUGCCUUCAAAACAGGAGAGUCAAUUGAAUACUCGGGGAAGAACGAAUCUCUUGAGCUGUUUUCGGUGGAACCGGGUCACUCUUACUCCUGCCAGUCUGUGACGCUCAACAUGGGAAGUGGUGUUAGUCUGGACCUGACCCAUACCAAGUUUCAAGCCUUCGUAUUCAAAAACAAUGAAUUCGGACCAUCUGAACUAUGCAAGGCUGAUCAACCUAACUACCGCGUUGCCAUCGCCGUGAGCAUAAUCCUCAUCUUACUCAUCAUCAUUGUAGUCAUUUUUUUCCUCAUCAGAAAGAAACAGAGGACGGAUGGCUACCAGUCACUGUAGAGGCCUACAAAUUGAGAUUUAUGAGAUGGCAAUUCCAGUUUAAAGGAAUCAUAAUGCUGUUAAACACUUAUGUCUUAAGUGAAUGUUAAUUAUGUAUAAUGAUGAACAUGGAUGGCCUAGGAUCUGUCCUAACAAUGUGUACUAUUCAUGGACAGUAUGUCACAUCCUAACUCAAGUUGAAGUUGCCAUCACAAGUUCUCAUCACUGUAAGAUAAAAAUAGAUCCAGACAAACAGUUGGCUUAGUGCAUGCUUUAUUGAGCCUGCAUUUGCAUACUAAUUACCUUUUUUAAAGAACCUAACCUUAUACUGGCAUUACAAAAGGAAGUGCAUUAAUCUACUGUUACCAUCUUAAAUGAAAGUGCUCUUUUCUAUAAGUGCUCUUCACUAUCUGUUACACAUCUAAUACAUUUUCUGUGAUAGGAUGAUAAGCCAUGGUUUCUCUGAUCAAUAUGCCCUUGUGCUUUAUUCUUUCCAAAGGGGCCUUAAAACCUUUAAAAGGGAAUUAUUUUGCUUGCAUUGUAUAAUUCAUAGUAGAAAGGAUUUUAAAAGCAGUUGUAUUCAUUCUGUUCUGUUCAAAUGUUUUCCACAUUUUUCUUUAAACAUGAAGAGCUUUACUAAACUGUAUUGUGAUCUGAAGUUACAUUUAUGCACUGAAUGCUGGGACUAAUAUGGAGUUUUGGUUACAAAUAAAAAAAUGUAUUUGUUCAAAAA